AUCACACAUUUUGUCAACGAAGCAAGAUAAAGAAAUAGCGCAAAACAGGGGAACGAAAUGAGCGAACAACUGACAGCAGGGGCUCUUGAGUCGAUCAUCGGAGGAGAGUCUGUUGACAGCCCUGUCUUGCAAGUGCUUAGUUCCAAACGAAUCUCUGCACAAGGCUCAACUGCUGACAGAUACAGACUCCUUUUAUCUGAUGGAGAGACGUCUUAUUCACAUGCCAUGUUGGCAACACAGUUGAACAGUUUGAUGGAGAGUGGUGACAUGGAUAAUUUAGCUGUCAUAAAGGUGAAUCGUUAUCUCUGCAACACUAUCCAAGGAGACAAGAGGGUGAUGAUCUUGCUGGAUGUCUCUGUGCUGGCCAAAGGCUCAGAUGUAGGACAGCGGCUUGGGGCUCCUCAACAACUCAAGGCUCAAACAAAUGCAGAUAACCAUC